AUGUCGACAAAGAAGCAAGUAUCCCCCUGGCAGUCAAUACUCGCCGGGGGAGCAGCAGGAGGAUUUGAGAGCAUGAUAACAUAUCCAACCGAAUACCUCAAAACCCGCCAACAGCUGUUUAAAGGCACCCAAAGACCCUCUCUCAUCAAGCUCGUCACAACGACAAUCAAAGACCAUGGAAUUCGCACAUUCUACACUGGAAGCGGUGCAUUUUGCAUUUCCAACGCUUCAAAGUCCGCUAUCCGGUUCUUCACUUUCGACAGUGUACGCAAAUCCAUGCCCGUGGACGCCUCGGGAAAAGUAACACCGGUAGGAAACAUGUGCGCAGGGAUGAUGGCCGGUGUGGCCGAAGCAGUUGCCGUCGUCACGCCAGGCGAGACUAUCAAGACGAAAAUGAUUGAUGAUCGCGCCGGGCCAAGGCUGUACAGAUCGACGGGCCAUGGCAUUGUUUCCAUCGUUGCACGAGAUGGGCUAGCGGGUAUAUACCGUGGUGUUGUCCCCGUGACGCUGAAACAAUCUGCCAAUGCCAUGGUCAGGUUCACGAGUUACAAUCUGCUUCUGGGCUGGAUGGAGAAAGUCUCGUCGCGCAAGUCGGUUAACACGGUUGUGGCGGGUGCGAUGGCUGGAGUCGUCACUGUUUAUGCGACUAUGCCUUUUGACUCGAUCAAGACUAGACUGCAGGCUGUUGAUGGGCAUAAGAGGUAUAGGGGGUCAUUCGACUGCUUGAGGUCUGUCGUAUCUCAGGAGAGCGUCGCUGCUUUGUGGCGCGGAACAACGCCUAGGCUUGUUCGGUUAAGUGUAUCCGGAGCCUUGAGUUUCACCAUCUAUGAAUCGGUGAUUGAGUGGACUAGUCCUCAGAAAUCAGAGGUAAUGGAGAGUGACAAGUCGGUGCUCUAG